UGGAUGGAUUUCGUAGCUGUGUCGCUGCGCCACGCCUGAGAUUAUGCAGAGAAAACAUUGGUCCUCACUCUGCAUUUGUUUUUUUAACACCUUUAUCUAACGGCCUCCACAGGCUUCCCUAGUAUUCACAGGAGUGAUUCAUGUCUGGAAGUUCCGAUAAAAUUACCCUGAAGUUUUGAUAGUGGAAACACACCUAAUGUUUUGAAAUGUUCCCACUCGGACAUGCCUGAUCGAGAAUGCAGAUUUUUCUUAUCAGGUUUUGCAGGAGCUGCUCAUUUUAAACAGAAAUGCAAUGUUUGAGCAGGGAAAACAUCUAAAACCAUCAGAAAUCUGGCACUUGCGAUGCUAGCACAUCCCAGCAAAUACUACAAUGUAGCACAUUGUUGAACCCUACACUAAUCUCUUAACUCCAGAGAUACAUCCAUUUUAGUACCCUUCCUUCUUCCACAGUUGGCUUGAAGUUUGCAGACAAAACAUUUCAAUGCUGGUCAAGUUAGCAUUCAAGCUAGGUUGUUGUGCUAAGCUGACUGAGGCAUCUGUGUCAGUGCAUGCUGGGUACUGGGGCUCAUUCUUGCUGAUUGACAGCUCUCUUGUGGAUACGCAGCUCUGUUGGUUGACGCUCUAGACUCGCGUAAAUUAUUUAGUUUUGCUGUAGAGGCUGGGGAGAGACUUAGGGCAAAUAUGAAAUGAAUGAUUACCUACUUUAUAUCAUAGAACAGUGUCAUAUACCGUAAAUCCUCUAAUACAGGCCCGGGCCUGUAUUUGACUCAAGCUCAUCAAGCUCCAGGCCUUUAUUGGAAGGAGGGCCAGUAUUAGAGGCAGGCCUCCUUUUCUAUUUGAGCAAAAUGAACUAAUGGUUUGCUGGAGUUUUUGACAAUUAAAAUUGUGCCCACAUUUUCAAAGUUAAACACAUUUCUUUUAACAACGGUAGUUUCUGCUUCAGCCCUCUCCCCCCUCCCCCCGCGCAGCAGCCGCAAACUCACUGAUGCGCCUGCAGCCUCUCGGAGUUCCUGCUGCUCUAAACAUUAAAAUAAUUAUUUCAUUUUCUGUUCCUCACUUCUGAUUACCUUCAAUGGUGUCUGUAUGUUGCAACAGCAGGUACAAAAACUAACUUGUUUUUAUUUGACUAUUUUUCUGUCCUGUCUGUUUAUUAUCUUCCUGCAUCUCCUCUCAAUCCUAAAGAAAAACUGCUGCCUGGGUUCAUAUAUAUUCACCUUAUGAGUUACCUUUGAACUGCAGUUCUAAAAUAUCUACCGACCGCAAAAACAGCGGAGCGCUUGCUGUUUGGCGGCCGUAUCAGUGAUCAGUGCGUUGGAGGACAAGUUGAUGCGCGCACCGCCCCGCUCCACAGCAUGCAGCGAAACGCAUGAGGCGCAAAUAAAAGACAGAAAACAGGAAAUGAACCGACAUGAACGAUCGCGUGUCAGUACCUACGGUCUGGCACAGCGCAUUGCUGAUCACAGAGAAUGUGAUCAUACGAUAAUUCAAUAGGGAGCGUGGUUUCACAGACGCGGAAGUGAUAGCGUCGGUGAAACGCCGGCUGCUCUAGGAAACCCCCGAGCGUUCGAGCAUCAACGAAGUGACACGGAAAUGCCGGGCUUUCCAGAAGUAAGUAAGAUAACUUACUAUGACCUGAUAGUUCGUUGGAUUGAUCGGUAGGUUGGAAACUCUGAUCAUGAAUCUGAAGAAACGAUGACUGAGCUGUAAAGGCGACUUCCGUUUAUAGCCGCGGUUUGUGACGUAGGUGCGACGUGGAGGGAAUCCCCGCGAGGGGCAUGCUGGGAGUCCCUACUUCGCGGAUUUUCACCUAUCGCGGCCUGGUCUGGAACGCAUCUACCGCGAUAAACGAGGGAUUACUGUAGUUCAUACACCCCCUACUGCUGCUCCCCAGAGUGUUCUGCAGCAUAAUCAGCACGUUAUCUUUGAACUUGAUAGUGUAAUGACCUGGCUGGGGUUGUAAGCCAGGUGCAUUCUGGGUAUUGUGUUAUAUGUGUUUCCUAUCGUUCUGCUAGUUCCUAUGUGCUGAUUUGCGUGUUGUGUGAGUGUUAUGUAAGCCACACGGAAGGUGAUGUGUGUUCUGUGGAGCGGGUUGAAUUAGCAUGGUUAACUGACACCGUGACUCUGUGUGGUAGGAGCGUGAUAGAGGAUCAUGUCUGAAGCAUUAUAAAGCUUGAAGAAAAUGCCUAAUAAAUGUCUGCGUGAAUCCCUACUGCCCCCUGCUGGUUGAUUUAGGGACUAUAACCCUGCCGCUGGGACGCUUGUACUUGCUUGUUACCACAUUCCAUCCGGCCACAAUAAGAGACCGGCCAUUAUUUACCUCCGCUGACUCUGACACCGGCCAAAAUUGGAGACCCGGCCUUUAAUUGAAUACCGACCUGUAUUAGAGGAUUUACGGUAGUCAUGCUUAAGCAUUUUUUUAAAUUGCUUAAAAUAUUUAAAACCACUCUAAGGCUGGGCAGUUAAUCCAAAAUGUAUCGUUAUCAAAAUUUCUGACUCUUAUCGAGAUUAUUUUCCCCCAUGUCAUUAAAUUUGAUAAUUUAAAACAUGAAAAGAUGUGUGUAGGUUGGCAACGUUCAUGUCCCUUUAAGAAGCUGUACCACCUUGAGUCAUGUAAAAAUGUGACUCAUGUGACUCAAUGUAAUACAUGUGACAAUCCCAUCUAGUGGACUACUUUUGUUUCUGUACAUACCUAUAGUUAUCAAAGUGAAAUCCUCAAUAUAUUGUGAUAUUGAUUUUAGGCCAUAUGGCCCAGCCCUACUACAUGCUCAAGCUUUAUCAUAAGCAUAUUAUUUAAAUGAUUAUAAGAGCGAUAUAAAUGCAGUGUGAGGGUGCUCAUUUCACUUAGUGCUUCAGCACAUCUGAUUUGAACUGGAAUUUUACCACAUCUGUUAUUUGUUUACCAAAUCUUUAGGGCAGUUACAGAUACUGUGAAAAUUGAGCUGAGCUGAUUGGCCUGGUAGAAAUGUGUUAGGUUUUGUGCGAAACCUGAUCUGCUUCAGACAUUUACUUUGUUCCAUUGUUGCACGCUGAUCUUAGUCAAAGGAAAGAAGAACCUGUUUGACAACUUUGGAGAUCCGAAAGUAGUUGGUAGUAUUCUUGAAAGCAUGCAGGUCUCUUUUUGAUCUUUUUUUUUAGUUUCACUGAAUUAUUUUUGUAGGAUAUGCAGAAGUUUAACAGCACUUUGCAUUUUCCCUUCCCUCUGAGGUUUAUGUCUGUUUUCAUUAGAAAUACAUCAGCUAAUGACUUUAUGCAGCCUGUCUUAUUUUCCAGUUUCCUUGUUAUUUUCUUUCAUCCUCAUAUUGUUGGUAUGACGAUAUCAUAGACUGCUGACACAAGUAGUUUUUGUAUAGUGUAAAAAUUGUUGAGCUGCGCUUAUCAAACUGACGUGGCUCACACAGGAGCUUUUUGAACCAUGUAAGACAAUGCCCUCACAUGCUGCAGAUUUUUAUCUGUUUAACAGUGGAUAUUGUUUAUAUUCUUUACAUUAAUAAAGUAUCUUUGAAUUGAAUUACAACAUUCACAGAACUCAUCAGAUUUCAGGGAUGUUGGCCUUUUCUGCCAAAGCUCCAAUUGAUUGGAAUGAAUUACCUGCUAAUUUGAUGUCUAUUACAUGUUUUUGUCAGUCUAAAACACAUUGUUUGGUUUUGGUGCAUGAACACAUGCCCACUUGCAGCUGUUUCAGAUUUUCUUUAUUGAUUAACAUUUAUGCAUCUACAGUAACUCUGUGCUAUGUGUGGUUUCAUGAAUGUUUUGAUUUGUUGUGCCGUAUGUAUGCUGCUUAUGUAUAGAAUCAGAAUAAAAAUGAUUUUAAUGGAAAUCAUUUUCCAUAUACAAACUUUAUCCUCGCUGCUGCUCUCCUAAUUCAUGUUGUCCACAUAAGAGGUGACAGAGAGAGACUUCAGCGCUGCAGCUCAUGUUCCUUAUCAGAACAGAAACUGACUUGUGUGACAAAGCAGCAGAGAUUUGGUUUUGUAAUUUAUUGCAUUGACUUGAUUUUAGUGAGGUUAGUACACAUGAUGUGUAACACAUCGUAGCCAUAAAUGCUAUGGUUUAUACAUUUAUAUUAGCAUUUUCUCCAUGCUUUUGUUACUUUUUCACCACUAUUACAGAAGCUGAAGAGCCAGAACGAUGGCUUUUCUCAUCUCGGCUCAUCUCACCACAGGAAGCAUUCUGGCCUAAAACAGCUUUCAGUUUUGAUUCAUGGAAAAUUUACUAAUGAAUAUAUUUGCCUAAGGUUCAUGUAAGUUAUACUAGAGGUUUUUUAACACAUCCGCAACAUCAUAACAACAACGCCAUUCCCAUCUGUACCGGGUCGGCCCGGCCCGGGUAGCCCCAGUCGGCCCCAGCCUGGCCCGGUUGAUUCCACACAUCCUUGCCUUAAAUCCAUGUGGGCUGAUUCUACAAUCAGAGGCUUGCUCUAAUGGAAGGUGUGAAUUUGCUGUCAGCAGUGGGUGUGUUGGCCCUGGUCGGCCUGAAGCAGACCCCCUCGAGAAGAGGGCUGAGAAUGAGCCUUGGUUGGCCCGGAAAAAUACCAGGCCACCCAGAUAUGUAAACAACCUACGCUACCCGGCCCGGCCCGACCCGGUACAGAUGGGAAUGGCCCAUAAGGGGCCAAAAGUGUGCCAAGAAAUCAUCCUCCACACCAUUACACCACCACCACCAGCCUGCACAGUGAAAUCAAGACUCAUCAGACCAGGCAACAUUUUUCCAGUCUUCAACUGUCCAAUUUUGCCAGGUUGGGCCGGUUUUUACAUGGUUUUGAAGGAAACCUCUUCUGACCCCCGUAUUCACAGUGUAAAUGGAACACAAGAAUCGGCUUAAAGAAAUCUUCAUCACAGUCCUGGUGGCAGUGACAGUCUGCAUCAUCGUUCUCCAGUUUGAGAGAUGGCCAGGACAUGCGAGUUUUCCUGCAUACAGAGAAAUGCAGGCGCCUUCAUCGGCUGUCACGACACCUGAGCCACAUUGGGAGGAUCCGGGGCCUUAUCACGUAGCCUAUCCGCGGAACUACAAAUUCACCAUGGAUGACACCCCAACAUGUAAGAGCACCACUCCAUUCCUGGUUAUGAUGGUUCCCACUGCUCCCAGUGAAGCUAUGGCCCGAGAUACCAUCCGGAAGACAUGGGGAAGUGAAAAAAUGGUCCUCGGUCAACUGGUUGAGACUGUCUUCAUAUUGGGCCUGCCUCAAGGAGGCGAUGCCUAUCAGCUGCAGGAGAGCCUCAAACGGGAGAACGAGCAGCAUCGUGACAUCAUACAGAGCAGUUUCCUGGACAGCUAUAACAAUUUAACCAUCAAGACUAUGGUCAUGCUGGAGUGGCUGUCCAAAAACUGUGCAAAAUCUUCCUUUGCUUUAAAAAUUGACUCGGAUAUGUUGCUACAUGUGAAAAAUGUGGUUAAACUGUUACUUGACCCUAGCACAGCUAAACAGCACUAUAUGACAGGUUUGGUGUGGUGGCACAGCCCAGUUUUAAGAAACCCCUUUAAUAAGUUUUACAUGCCGAGCAGCGUGAUUCCUGAGCCCGAGUAUCCACCGUAUCCUCUGGGAAUGGCUUACAUCAUGUCCCUGGAUCUCCCUAAAAAGAUCCUGGAUGUCUCUCCUCAAAUUAAACCCAUCUACAUUGAAGAUGCCUACCUAGGCAUGUGCCUGAAGCUUUUGGGUAUCUCCCCCACUGACCCUCCUGAGACAUCAAUGUUUUUGGUCACACCUCAGCAUCCUCUAAGCAGCUGCAGUCUUUCUCAAGUGAUCGCCAUGACAACAACGGAAACAUCACAAAUCAACUGGUACUGGCUUAGAAUCCAAAAAGGGGUUCAGUGCCAGAAUUAGGUUUUAUUCAAUGUUUGUUGGUGGGGUGAAGCUUUGUUUUUGGACUACUGAAGAAAAGUGUUGCUGCUAUGUUGAAAUAUAAGCCCCAGUCUGACAGAAUGGAACCGUCGAUACGGUCUCUAAACCUAGAAUGUGGCCUAAUCACCAAAAACCUGCUUCAGUGUAACUUUGCUCAGGAAUAAACCCAUGAUUACACUACGGAAGGUGUUAUACACUAGAACAUAGGGAUGCACCGAUACCGAUACUGGCAUCUGUAUCGGCUCCGAUACGAUGCCAAUAACCGUAUUGGUAUCGGUAAAAGUUAACAGAUACCAGGAACCGAUACCAAUGCAGUUGCUUGAAAAUGGCUUCACUGUAACUUGUCAUUUCUGUUAACCUAAUAUUUUAGGUUUGUGAUGAUUUCCUUUCAUAUUUUACUUAUCUACCUCAGUCUUUUCCUGUGCAGAGAAGAAAAUAAAAUCUGUAUUCCAAAUCCUUGCCUUUUUUUUGUAUGGUAGAGGUAUCGGUAUUGGUAAUCGGUAUCAGCAAGUACUCAGAUCCAAGUAUCGGUAUCGUAUCGGUUUGGUAAAAAGUGGUAUCGUUGCAUCCCUACUGGAAUAACAGCAGGGGACAUUUUUACACCUAACGGGGAUCCCAUCCUUAGUAGACGUUACCAAGACCAUCCACAGUCUGGAACGCAUUUAUCCUGUAGUGGUCUUCAUUCAGUGUGAAGGGGACCAACCGAUGUGGAAUGACUUUGCCUUAGUUUUCAACACACUGGAACCACGUUUUUGACGGGCUAAAUAAUCCAUCGAUUGUGGAACAUUUAGUCUGGAAUAUGUGAUGUAUGGUUUUAAUUUAUGGUGAACAUGCUUUUAGGGUGUCCUUUUUAUUCAAGCAAAUAACCAAAGAACACCUAAUGUCAACAAAUUAAAGCUACGUCAUGUUUCGUGAGCCUGAUGUUUGUAAAAUACUGUAAAAAAGUUCUUCAGGAGUUCCACGGAGGGCGUAUGACUCGAUUGGUGGCUGUGUGUGGUGAGCAUUCCUUCCGGGCUGAAUUUAUUAAUGUUGUAACAUAUUGUAUAAAUAUGAUUAGGUAAUAAAAGGAUGAAUGUGAGUAAACAGUGUUGUGUAACGCCAGCACUAACAUGUUUGAUGCUUCUGUUCAGUUUACAUAUUUCUAAUGUAGGCUUAUCUUAAGGUGCAUUUUCUGUUGACAAAAUAAAGUUGAGUUUAGAGUUAAAGAAUGUUUCUUGUUUUAGGAAACCUUGUAAAUGCAACCUAACUGAUGCUUUGCUUUUGUUGUUAAAUGCUCCGUUUGUUUGGUACAAUUGUAGUGUGACGGUUUCACCAGCAGGGGGUGGAAGAACAUCAUUGAAAAAACAUUUCUGACAUUGAUUAAACAGUGAAUUCAUUUCCCAACCC